AUUUGAUCAUUUGAUGUGCCAAAUUUUCUCUGACAAAUAACAAUGGCUUAUGCUCUUUUUAACUCCAUCUUCUUGAUAAUAUUUCUCCUCCCUCUCUGCGCCUUUUCUCAAAACAAUGGUACCAUAACUGUGGGUACCUCUAUUGUUGCAACAGAGAGAUCCACUCCAUGGCUUUCACCUUCUGGAGAUUUCGCAUUCGGGUUUCAGAAACUUCAAAGCAAUGAUAUGUUUCAACUUGCUAUAUGGUAUGAUAAAAUACCAAAUAAAACCGUAGUAUGGUAUCCAAACGUUACAAAUCCUAUUUCAGGGGAUUCGACGGUGGGGAUUGAUGCACAAAAUGGGCUGGUGCUACGGGAUCCUCAAGGCCGCGUUCUAUGGAGUACUAUUGAUAUUGUUGAUGAUGUUUCCCAUGGAUUUUUGAAUGAUACUGGAAAUUUUGUUUUAGUGCGCAGUGAUUCUGUUUCGAUAUGGGAAAGUUUCAAUUAUCCAAGUGAUACACUGCUGCCUACGCAAAUAAUUGCGAUUAAUGAUACGCUUGUUUCGCGGAAGUCUGAAACGAAUUUCAGUCGAGGCAGAUUUUAUCUUCGCAUGCUUAGCGAUGGAAAUUUAGUGCUUAAUACUCGAAGUGUGCCGACGAAUUCGGAUUUUGAUGAUGAGUAUUACAACAGUCAGUCUUCUGAUCCUGCAAAUGCAUCAAAUUCUGGUUAUCAACUGGUCUUCAAUGAAAGGGGUUCGCUUUAUGUAUUGAGGAGAAACGGAGAACGAACAGACCUAACGACGAAGCGCUCAAUUCCGACAACUUCGGAUCAUUAUUAUAGGGCAAUUCUUGAUUUUGAUGGAGUUUUCAGAACGUAUUAUUAUCCAAGGAGUUCCAGUGGCGAUCAAGAGUGGACUGUAGCUGAAUAUUGGCCAUUAAACAUAUGCAUGGAAAUCAACGGACAGAAAGGCAGCGGGGCUUGUGGGUAUAACAGUGUCUGCAGACUCGAAAAUGGAAAACCAAUAUGCGAAUGCCCUCUAGGUUUUUAUUUGUCUGAACCGAACGACCCGUUUAGUGAUUGCAAUCCCAAGUUUAUUCCAAUCUGUGGUGAAGAUGAUCAGAAGGGUUCUGCCGAAGACGUAUAUGAAAUGUCGGAGGUUUCGGAUACUGAUUGGCCAUUUUCGGAUUUUGAGCAACUAGCCCCUUUCACAGAAAAUGACUGUAAAAAUGCCUGCCUGAACGAUUGUUUAUGUGCUGUUUCCAUUUACAGGAAUAAUAGCUGCUGGAAGAAGAAGCUGCCACUGUCUAAUGGAAGACUUUACACAGCAAUUAAUGCAAAGGCUUUUUUCAAGUUCAGGAAAGGUAAUAUUCCUGUACAAGGGUCGAAUUUUCCAACUCCAGAAAAAAAGAAAAAGGACCGGGGAACAUUGAUACUUGUGGGAUCGGUGCUCUUGGGCAGCUCUCUGUUCGUAAACUUCAUGUUUGUAGGUGCAGCUUGUCUAGGAUUUUUCCUUAUUUACAACAAAAAAAUCACAAAUUUCCGUCCAGUUCAUGAUACAGGAGUAGUGAAUUUGCGGUGUUUUACUUAUAAAGAGCUUGCACAAGCUACGGACGGGUUCAAGGAAGAACUGGGGAGAGGUGCUUUUGGAAUUGUCUACAAAGGGGUAAUGCCAACGGGCUCCAAUAGCACCAUUGCAGUGAAAAAGCUGGAUAGAGUGGCCCAAGAUACUGAGAAAGAAUUCAAAACAGAAGUGAAUGUCAUAGGCCAAACUCAUCAUAAGAAUUUGGUCCGCCUGCUUGGAUUUUGUGAAGAGGGUCCUCAUCGGAUGUUGGUGUAUGAGUACAUGAACAAUGGAACUCUAGCAAGUUUCCUUUUUGGUGAUCUGAAACCAAAUUGGAAUCGAAGGAUUCAAAUUGCACGGGGAAUAGCCAGGGGACUUGCGUACUUACACGAAGAAUGCAGCACCCAAAUCAUCCACUGCGACAUCAAGCCUCAGAAUAUACUUCUUGAUGAAUAUUUUAAUGCUCGGAUUUCAGACUUCGGAUUAGCAAAACUUCUGAUGAUGAAUCAGAGUCGUACCCUCACUAAUAUCAGAGGUACAAAAGGGUAUGUUGCUCCCGAAUGGUUUAGAAACACUCAAGUCACCGUGAAAGUUGAUGUUUAUAGCUUCGGAGUUUUACUACUAGAGAUCAUUACAUGCAGAAAAAGCCUGAUAGAUUUGGAAUUUGGAGAGGGAGAAAAUCCAAUUCUUACAGAUUGGGUUUGGGACUGCUUUCAGGAUGGAACGCUAGAUACUUUGGUUAAAAAUGACACUGAAGCUUUAAACGACAAGAAAAGACUAGAGACGUUUGUGAUGGUUGGAAUUUGGUGUAUUCAAGAAGAUUCAUCUCUGAGGCCAACCAUGAGAAAAGUUAGCCAAAUGCUUGAGGGAACUCUUGAAGUUAAUAUUCCCCCUUGCCCAUCUCCUUUCGCUUGAACUGGUUAAGAUAUUAAAAACUUGUCCGUUACAGUGCUUUUUCUUAUAACUUUCUGGUCAGUAAUUUUCAUCUCGAAGUCAUCAGCCUUUAAUUUAGCUAUAAUUUUUCAAAUAUUUAUGUUUUUUGUUACCUGCAAGAUGAUACACUUACUAUUGUUGUUGGUAAGGAGACCUGCCUCUGGAUUAAUCGGUCUUCCACAAUAUAGAAGUAUAUCUUGAUGAGAAAGUGUUAUCUAUUGUUGGCUCCUCUACUUGUACGUUUAUGUUCACAUAUAUUGAAUUCCCUUGUUGCAUA